AUGGUGGUUCGCUGGAACCCGGAGCGCUCAUUUCGGUGCACUUUGUGCGGCAGGGGCUUCAACCAGAAGAUGAACCUUGCGCGUCACAUGCAGCGGCACACUGGCGAAAAGCCACACCAGUGCCACCUGUGCUCCAAGCGCUUCAACCAGAAAUGCAACCUCGAGCGACAUAUACGCAGCCACACAGGUGAACGUCCUUUCCACUGCACCUUCUGCCCCAAGAGCUUCAACUCCAAGUCCAACCUAAAUCGUCACGUAGCGUGCCAUGAGGUUUGUACCCCCAAAAUGACUGUCGUUGGAAAUGCGACUGAGAUGGUUAUCAUCCCCGACUUCAAUGUUUGA